AUGAAUCCACAAGCAGACAAGGUGGUGAGAAGAGUAACGAUGGUGGCAACUAUAACUGCUUCAUAUUUUCUCUUAACUGCUGAUUAUGGCUCCGAACCUACACUUCUAGACCCUAUUAAGAAGGGAAUGCUUUCAGCAGAGAGCAGUGUCAAAGAGUACAUUUUCGGAUCAAAGAAAGAGCCUCAAGAAAAUCAAAUGGGGAAAUUGGACAGCAAUAAGGAGAUAAGUAGGAAAGAAUAA